AUAGUAUAAAUAAAAAAGUGCUUGAUAUAUUGAUACUUGCAUAUAUAUAUAUAUAGAUGCUUGAUAAAAGCUUCAAACGUUAUCUAACGAUAUAAAAUUUGACAAUCACACAUAAAAACACUAUCUCUUCUUAUUCUGUCAACUUUUAUGCGACGACACAAAAUUUAGUCAAUACUUUUAUGAUGUUUUGGUCAAUAACUCGUAUUUUCGCUCGGAGGAUUCAAUGUCAAAAUUUCAGUUUGAAGAAAAAAUGGCUUGGAACAGCGAGCAGUCAAUUUGCAUCGAAAGACAAAGUUCCAUCUGGAGUAUAUAUGCCUGGAGCAGGCGAAGGAGAUUAUAAUGUUAAAGAAAUAUUGUUAAAAGAUUUUGCUGAGAACAAGGAACGUGGGACAGAAAGCAUUGAAGAAGAUGAUCAAAUAUGCCCAAAAGAAAGCGAUAUUGUUAUUUUAGGAGGCGGAAUAGUGGGAUCAUCUAUUGCAUAUUUCUUGAAAAACCGGGUGCAAAAUAGUAUGAACGUUACAGUUGUUGAAAGAGAUCCAACAUAUAGUCGAGCAUCCACAUGUCUUUCAGUUGGAGGUUUAAGACAACAAUUUUCUUUACCAGAAAAUAUACAACUAUCCCAAUUCUCAGCAACAUUCUUCAGAAAGAUUAAAGAACACUUAAGCAUUUUAGGUGAAGAACCACCCGAUAUUCAAUUUCAACCAUGCAGUUACCUCUUUCUUGCCACAAGUGAGACCUCGGCUGAAAACAUUUUCAAGCAGCAAAGGCUUCAAAAAGAACUAGGAGCUAAGGUAGAAAUUUUAACAAAACGCCAAUUACAAGAAAAAUUUCCAUACAUGAACUUUUCUGAUAUUUUAAUAGGAUCGAUUGGAUUAGAAAAUGAAGGAUACUUUGAUCCUUGGUUACUUUUAGCGGCCAUGAGAGCGAAAGCAGUAUCAUUAGGAGUAAAAUACGUUAGAGGUGAAGUAACAGGUUUUAGAUUUAAAGAUCAUCAAAUGGCAAAACCCGAUGGAUCGGGUAUGUUUAUGAAUCAAAAGAAAUUGGAUAUGGUCGACGUUAAGUUGGAAGACGGAAACCAUCAUCCAAUUAAAUUUGCUGCUUGUGUUAAUGCCGCUGGAUGUUGGUCCGGUGAAAUUGCAUCAAUGGCGGGAAUAGGAAAAGGAAAGGGUAUUCAAUCUGUCCCUCUUCCCGUCGAACCUCGCAAGCGUUAUGUCUACGCGGUUCAUUGUCCAGAUGGUCCUUCCCUGAACUUCCCGAUGUUAAUCGACUAUACCGGUACUUAUAUAAGACGAGAAGGUUUAUCUGGGCAUUAUAUUUGUGGCGUUUCUCCAACUGAGGAAGAGGAACCUGAUAUAUCAGCGUUAGAUGUUGAUUACGAGUACUUUCAACAUAAAAUAUGGCCUGCCUUAGCAAAUAGAGUUCCUGCUUUCAAUUGCUUAAAAGUCAAAAGUGCAUGGGCCGGGUACUAUGAUUAUAAUUAUUUCGAUCAAAAUGUCAUAAUAGGAAAUCAUCCAUUUUACAAAAAUAUGAUCUUUGCAACUGGUAGUUCAGGUCAUGGUAUACAACACGCACCAGCAAUUGGAAAUGCUGUUACGGAACUUAUUGUUGAUGGCGAAUUCAAGACUAUUGACCUAAAACGUCUAUCUUUUGAACGCAUACUUGAAGGCAAUACCCUAAAGGAGGAGGAAAUAGUUUAAAAAUCAAUGUUCAAACUUCAUUUUUUAUGUAUAUAGUACGCUUUAAUUUUCACGUGAACAGUGGUUUUUCAACUUGUUUCAACUGAUGCUUGGGAGUAGAUUUUUGUUAUAGUUUUGAUUAAUAAACUUGAAAACAAUUUAAGCUUUUCUUUGAACAAA